AACCUAAUGUAUGUUCAUUUCUCUUUUAAAACGGUGCCGGUCAUUGAACGCACCGCUGCACUGAUCUCUGAUGCCCAGAGGGCAGCAGCUCCGCAGGGGGCGCUGUCUGGUGGUACCAGGAAGAAGAUGAAGGCAACCCGUGGCUCAUCUGCAGGCUUUAAGCUCCUCAGACCGGAUUACUGUCUGCCCACUGGCCCCGCCCCCUGCCAGUCACCCGUGUGUGUGUGAUUAGCGGAUUUAAGGACGGGACGAGCGCCUGUCGAAGGCGCAGCCGAGCGUUCUUGACUCCUGGUGAAUGGUAAAAGGGAAGGAGCCAGGGUGUUGUGAUGCCUUCAGGAAGCAAUGGAAUACGUGUGAUUCCGAGGGUUUUAGGAGAGGCGGAGCUUCGUCAGGGCUCAUUGGCGGGGGCGUAGGACGUGAGCAAACAGGAGGAAGACUUCAUAAUCUCGGAGAGGUCAAAGCUACGGAAGCCUCAGGAGGUCCCACUCCCACGGUGCUCAUCCGCCUGGCCAUGAGAAACGAGAAUUCCUACCCAGAAUGCCGAGCUCAGGAGCUGUUUGACGCCUUCGUGUCAGCGUCUACCUGCAGGGCGGCGCUGCACUCCUUCUUCCAGAUGUGCCAGCACCUUCAGCUGGACCGCAGCCGGGCCGAGCGUCCUCUUUACCGAACCCUCAAACGCCGCCUCAGCUACUGGAGGGCCAACGCUCUUUGGGCCAAACUGGACCGCCGAGCUUCCCAGGAAGAGUACCUGCAGAACCAAGCCUGCCGCGAUGCCACGUGUGCCGUCAUCGGGGCCGGACCGUGCGGCCUGCGGACGGCGGUGGAGCUGAGCUUCAUGGGCGCUCGGGUGGUGGUGCUGGAGAAGAGGGACUCGUUCUCCAGGAACAACGUGCUCCACCUUUGGCCUUUCACCAUCCACGACCUCCGCAGCCUCGGUGCCAAAAAGUUCUACGGAAAGUUCUGCGCCGGCUCCAUCGACCACAUCAGUAUCCGGCAGCUCCAGCUGGUUCUGCUGAAGGUGGCUCUGCUGCUCGGGGUGGAAGUUCACGUCAACGUGGAGUUCAAACGUGUGGUGGAACCGCCGGCCGACCGACACGAGGUGGGCUGGACAAUGGAGGCGUGGCCAAAGUGUCAUCCUGUCAAUCGGCUGCAGUUCCACGUCAUCGUCGGAGCGGACGGUCGCAGGAACACGUUGCCAGGUUUUCGGCGUAAAGAGUUCCGCGGUAGACUGGCCAUCGCCAUCACGGCCAAUUUUAAGAAGGGAAACAGCCGCGCCGAAGCCAAAGUGGAGGAGAUCAGCGGCGUGGCGUCCAUCUUCAACCAGAGGUUCUUCCGGGACCUGCGACAGGAAACGGGUAAGAACUUUGACUCGCCCACCGCAGGACGCCUCUUCCCAUCUUGGCACCUUUCAGGCAUCGACCUGGAGAACAUCGUCUACUACAAAGACGACACGCACUACUUUGUCAUGACGGCCAAGAAGCACAGCCUGCUGGACAAACGCGUCAUCUUACAGGACUUUGCAGACACCGAGUUGCUUCUCGCUCGGACUAACGUGGACCAGAGCGCCUUGCAGGCCUUCGCCCGCGCGGCGGCCGAUUUCUCCACCAACGGCCAGCUUCCGUCUUUGGAGUUCGCCAUCAACCACUACGGCCAAGCGGACGUGGCCAUGUUCGACUUCACCUCCAUGUACGCGGCAGAGAACGCCGCCAUGGUGCGGUGUCGCCGUGGACACCAGCUGCUGGUGGCGCUGGUGGGAGACAGCUUGCUGGAGCCCUUCUGGCCCAUGGGCACGGGCGUGGCUCGAGGCUUCCUGGCUGCUCUUGACGCGUCUUGGAUGAUUCGCCGAUGGUGUCGAGGAGAUCCCCCGUUGGACCUUCUUGCAGAGAGAGAGAGCGUGUACCGUUUGCUGGCUCAGACCACACCGGAGAACAUGCAGAAGAACUUUUCUUCCUACUCUUUGGACCCGUUCAGCAGAUACCUCAACAUCUGUCUGAGCGUCACGCCCACUCAGGUCAGACACUUGGUUGACACGGGAGAGGAGGUGGGGCCAGACCCUCAAUUAGAUGACAUCGCCGGCCUGUCGCCGUGGAGACCAGAGUCCAAUCAGCUGCUGAUGUGGUGUCGGGAGCAGACGCGAGGUUACCCUGGUGUUGCCAUUAGCAACCUGACCACCUCAUGGAAGAGCGGCGUGGCUUUGUGUGCGCUGCUUCACCGCUACAGACCUGACCUCAUAGACUUUGACACCAUCGACCCGACGGCGAAGGAGGAAAACAUUCGCUUGGCCUUUGAGGUGUCGGAACGAGCGUUUGGGAUAUCUCCCCUCAUGACGGUGGAGGAGAUGUCCUCUGAAGGAGAACCGGACUCUCUGUCCAUGGUCAUGUACCUCAGCCAGUUCUACCAGCUGUUGCCAGAUGCCCCGCCCACUUUGGGUGCCACAAGCCACGCCUCCUCAGUCCAAACUUUCAGGAAAAUGUUGUGUUCAGGGUCCUUCAAGGUCCGUGUUGUUUUUGUUGCAUUCAGGGUCAUUGUCCCAGAGUUCAGAGGUCAGAGCUGCCCUGGUCACCCCCGGCCCGGUUCACCAGUUCAGACACCAUCCGUCACGUCGAAGGUCAAAGGUCUGUUUGGACGUGAUGUGUUCACGUUCAUCAGGAGACCAGAAGACGACGUGUGGAUGAAGGUGGGACCGUUCAUCUUCUUUCCUUUGCAGUCAUGUGACGCCGCCGGCGAGCACCUGGUCGGCAGCUCCAAGGUGCGUUUGAUGGCAGACCAGCUGCAGGCCAAACUUGACCAGAACCGGGACCAGAAGGAGGAUGCUCCUCCUUCUCAGGAGGAGGCGGCCAGCCAUCUGUCUCCAGACGUCCAGGUCCAGCCGCCGUCAUGGAGACCGAGCAAACGAACGCAGCAGCAGCAGCAGUUAAGCUUUCGCUUCAAGCAGAAGCUCCGCUCUCAGCGGGUGGAGCCCAAGGAACAGGGCUCGUGCGCCAGCGACGUGUGUUUCUUCUGCCAGCAGAAGGUCUACGUGAUGGAGCGUCUGAGCGCCGAAGGCCUCUUCUUCCACAGAAGUUGUUUCGUGUGCCGCGUGUGUGACGCCGCGCUGAGACCCGCCUCCUAUCGUUACCACGCCCCCAGCGGGAACUUUUUCUGUCCCCGCCACUGCCGGCCGCCCUCUCGCCCCAGUCCGUCCACGCUGAGGAAGCCCAGGCCGUCAUGUGACGCGUCUUGUACAUCUCUGCUCUCCUCUGCGGACUCGCAGGUCUCCAUGGCAACCCAGCGUCGGCGCUCCUCAGCGACGCUGGUGACGCCAGAGAGGAUCGAGGUGGAAAACGAUCAGGACGAUGUCGCGGACGUGGCCGAGAUCUCCGAGGAGACGCUGACGUGCUUCAACCUGGGAGCACCUGAAGACGCGCAGGCCAGCAGGUGUGAACGGGCGGUCGAGGGGCCAACUCGUGUCGCUGAACACGCCUUCACCUCCGGGGAGGAGCUACAGCAGCGCUUUCAGCUGAUAGGCUGCGAGGAGGAGGAUGAGGAUGAGGAGGAGGAUGAGGAUGAGGAGGAGGAUGAGGAGGAUGAAGAUGACGACGACGAGGCAGGCCAUGAGGAAGAGGAAGAUGACGGCGCCAAUGCAGGUACCAGUGAUGUCACGUCUUCUGGAACCUUCUCCGGACGCGCCACGCCCUCCACCGCCUCCUUUCUCACCCAGCCCGACUCCGCCUCCCACACCGGCUCAGCCCCGCCCACUGGGGUUGUCCACCCAGCAUGUCCUCCCCCUGAGGAGGUGGCAGUAGGAGCCAGGGGGCGGAGCUCUUUUGAUGACAUCGGUCUGUCGCUGAGGAAGCUCCGCCUCCUGCAAGCAGACACAGUGUGGGCGGAGCCAGAAGAGGCAGGAAGCGGUCGACGCCAACGGCAAACACCCGACCCAGGCUCGCAACCUGUCUUUUGUCAUCGCUAUCUCAAGGGUCUACGCCAGGCUCCGCCUCUCCGCCGUGGGGAGGGAGGCGGGGCCAGAGCUCUGUGGAAGGCGGUCUUUUCCAGAAACAGGAACAAGAGGAAUGAGGGCGGGGCUCCACGGCCAGGUGAAGGAGGUCUCACUUUGAUGGAGGAAUUGGACCUGAACUCAUCCGCUCUGCAACAAACGUCUUCUCUACCUCCCGACGCCCACCUGUGGUUGGAUACCAUCAACCUGACCUCUGACCUCCAGCCCAUGUCAUCAGACGACCAGCAGACAGCACAGCCUGUUUACGUUCCUCACGCCUUGGCUUUCAAAGCCAGCUUUCCCUUUCAGUUUGUGCAGGAACGUGGUUCGAACAGCAGAGCCAGUCUUCAUGGUUCUGAUGGACUGUCCUCCUGUGCCACGGAGGUGGUUGGGGUUCUGGCGGACCCGAAGGAGCCGUCUAGUUUGAGUGUGAUGGAAAGCCUCUUCCAGAGCAGCCGUGCACACCCGGACCCCAGAAUGUCCCUUCGGGUUCGGAGGACCACUCGCAGACGGGCAAAGCAGGAGGAACUGAAGAGACUCCACAAGGCCCAGCUGAUGCAGAGACAGCUGCAGCUAGUGGAGGAGGAGCAUCGAUGUCUGGAGGCCAGAGGAGUGACGGUGGAGAGAAGUCUGAGAGGAGAAGGUCUGGAGACGUCACCAGGAAGCAAACCAGUCCACCACGACUCCACCCUAAUGCAGCACUGGUUCCACCUGGUCCAGCAGAAGAACCUUCUCGUUCGAUACGAAUCUCAGCUUCUCAUCUGCGCACGAGACCUGCAGCUGGAAGACCGACAGAACCGCCUGCAGCAGGAACUCCGGCAGAGCAUGACGCUGGACGACCACCUGAAGGAGGAACAGCAGCUGCUCGAGGAGCGGCGGAUACUGCAGGAGAUGUUGGAGGUGGUGGAGCAGAGGAGGGCUCUGGUACCCCUGCUGGAGGAGCAGCAACGGCAGGACCAUCAGGAAGACCAGGGGCCUCAUUUAUAAAACUUGCUUACGACAAAACGGGACUUGAAAGUUGCGUACGCGACGUCCCACGCCAAAGUGGGGAUUUCUAAAAAUAAACCUGGCGUGAGAACGUGCGCACCUUUCGGAGACGUGGCAACCGGGCCGCACGUCAGAAGCGGUGGAGUGAAACCGUAUGGUAGAAAUAAAGACAAUAGAAGCCAAUGAAGAUGGAUCCAUCAUGGCGUGAAAACGUCACGCCAACAUGUGGAAGGUCUUGCUAUUUGACACCGAGCAUUGCGUGACGCACGUUCACGACGGUUCUACAUGGUCUCAUUGUCUAGAUGGCUUUAUAGUCCAUGUGCCAACUAUCUUCUUCGUUCCUAACCCAAACCUUGGUGUCCCAACCGCCCGUGGUGUCCCAACCGCCCGUGGUGUCCCAACCUCCCGUGGUGUCCCAACCGCCCGUGGUGUCCCAACCGCCCGUGGUGUCCCAACCGCCCGUGGUGUCCCAACCGUGCUUGAACGUUGUUGCUUACAACUUCCUGUGUCAACACGGACGUUUGAAAAUGUAACGUUGGCACGUGAAGGAGAGGAAGACGCACGCUGAUGUUUCCAAUGAAAGCCUUUAUUUGCUGAAGACUGCUUCUGUGCUGUGAUUGGUCCUACUGGUCCACGGACACCUUCAUGUCCUUGGACACCAGUCCAGAGGUCACCGGGUGCAUGGUCACCCGAUGAGCCAGGAAGACUCGCACCGCUUCCUCUCGGUACUUGGCGAAGUUGAAGACCUCCCUGGAGGAGACAAACGGUGAGGAUGAUGAAGAUGAUGAGGAAGAGCGUGCGAUGGCGAAAGUGUGAAUACCUGAAGAGCGGUCGCGUGAACUUCAUUCGUCCCUGCUCGCUCGCCAUCUUCAGCGCCAAGGGAACCGCCUCCUCCCAGCGCGAGCGCACGCACAGUCGCAGCCACCUGAACACAGCAGCCAAUGGCAGCGGGCCCUCGGGGAAAGAAAGGGUGGGCGGGGCCGAUGCUCACCUGAAGCGGAUCUCUGAAUUCAUGCACGAGUUGAAAUCAUAAACCUCCUGCAUCUUCUUCACGUGACUGGCGGGAAACACCUCCUGGAGAACAACACGCUGCUACUGCAUCGCUGACACACACCUGUACUACUACUACUACUACUACUACUAGAACUAUUAGGAUUACUGCUGGUACUACUACUAAUAACACUACUACUACUUCUCUAUUACACCUACUACAAUUGCUACUACUACUACUAGUAGGAGCAGUACUACCACGAAUAGUAGCAGUACUACAACAACUACUACGACUACUACUAUGAAUACUGUUCGUGCUACUCCAAGUGCUGCUACUGUAUUAUUAUUAGAGUCUUACCUCCUGGAGGAGCAGAGACAGGAAGUGGAUGAGUUGAUGUGAGGAGAACAUCUUGAUGUCCGACUCUGAGAAGGAGCCCAGAUCCUCCUCUUUGGCCUGCCAGCAAAACCAAAGCUAAGUUAAGGUAAAGUUAAGGUAAGGAGAGGCUAAGGUAAAGUUAAGGUAAGGAGAGGCUAAGGUAAAGUUAAGGUAAGGAGAGGCUAAGGUAAAGUUAAGGUAAGGUGAGGCUAAGGUAAAGUUAAGGUAAGGAGAGGUUAAGGUAAGGAGAGGCUAAGGUAAAGUUAAGGUAAGGAGAGGCUAAGGUAAAGUUAAGGUAAGGAGAGGCUAAGGUAAAGUUAAGGUAAGGAGAGGCUAAGGUAAAGUUAAGGUAAGGUGAGGCUAAGGUAAAGUUAAGGUAAGGAGAGGUUAAGGUAAGGAGAGGCUAAGGUAAAGUUAAGGUAAGGAGAGGCUAAGGUAAAGUUAAGGUAAGGAGAGGUUAAGGUAAAGUUAAGGUAAGGUGAGGCUAAGGUAAAGUUAAGGUAAGGAGAGGUUAAGGUAAAGUUAAGGUAAGGUGAGGCUAAGGUAAAGUUAAGGUAAGGUGAGGCUAAGGUAAAGUUAAGGUAAGGAGAGGCUAAGGUGAAGUUAAGGUAAGGAGAGGCUAAGGUAAAGUUAAGGUAAGGGUAAGGUAAAGUUAAGGUAAGGAGAGGCUAUGGUAAAGUUAAGGUAAGGUGAGGCUAAGGUAAAGUUAAGGUAAGGGUAAGGUAAAGUUAAGGUAAGGAGAGGCUAUGGUAAAGUUAAGGUAAGGUGAGGGUAAGGUAAAGUUAAGGUAAGGGUAAGGUAAAGUUAAGGUAAGGAGAGGCUAUGGUAAAGUUAAGGUAAGGUGAGGGUAAGGUAAAGUUAAGGUAAGGUGAGGCUAAGGUAAGGUGAGGGUAAGGUAAAGUUUAGGUAAGGUAAGGGUAAGGUAAAGUUAAGGUAAGGUGAGGGUAAGGUAAAGUUAAGGUAAGGAGAGGCUAAGGUAAGGUGAGGGUAAGGUAAAGUUAAGGUAAGGUGAGGGUAAGGUAAAGUUAAGGAGAGACUGACGCGGAUCCAUCUGAGCGAGAGAGCCAGGCAGGCGUCGGCCAGGGAGGUGUCGUAUCUGAAAGGAUAGACGAGUCGGGUCAGAGGAGAUCAUCGCCCGAAGCGCCCGAAGCGCCGAAGCGCCGAAGCGCCCAAAGCGCCCAAAGCCCUUCCCCGUCCUCACUUGGGUUUGACCGGAGGCAUCCCGGGAGUAAACAUCCACGCGUUCCAGUCCACCUUGUUCAGGACGUCCACCUGAGAGACAAAUCCACAUCAAGGCCUCCUCCGGGGGACAAGACCCGGUCCCACGCAUCUCACCUUGUCUUGAAAGUAGGAGAACAGGAAGUCCUUCCACUGGUCCGUGGUGACGCUGCUGUAGGCAAAGAGCUGGAUGUAGGACUUGACGAAGCCCAUGAAGACCUCUGCGGGACACACGGGACUCAGACACGCUCAAUGACUCCAUGGUACGCGAGCACGCGCGUUACCCGGACCGCCCAGCAGCUCCUCCAGGUGAUAGAGAAGAGCAAAGCCCUUCUCGUAGGGGACGGAGGAGAAGGCCUCAUCCGGGUCCACGUCCUGCAGAGUCGGGACCAGGUUGGUCAGAGGGUUCUCGGCUCCAAACGUGCUGACCUGAGACCCAGAAAGACACAUGAAGACCAUGCACACGCUCUCGGCAACGAGCCCUUCUCACCGAGUCCUGGAGGUCCUUCCAGCCCCCCAAGGCCUUGAACUGGCGGAACGCUUCCCCCUCCAGACGUCUGCCGAUCAUCCUCUCCAGGUAGACCGUGUGACCCUCGUUAAGCCUGCACACGCACACGGAUGGAUGCCGACGUCCCUGCCAAGCGUGCGUGUGCGUCUUACCAAAAAUGCUCCCAGGUCUUGUUGGUCACCAGGUUUCCCGUCCAACUGUGGGAGAUCUCAUGAGCGAUCACCUGACAGGAAGAGGAGAUGUCAGCACCCGUCCUGCCCACCAAAGACGAGGAGCUCACCGACUCACGUUGGACAAGGACUUGUCUCCUGCCUGGAAGACAUGGCACAAGGUCACACGCUUGACCUUCACCCCAAACAGGAAGUGUGUGAGCUCACCAGUAGUGUGGGCGUGGCAAAGGUCAGACAGGGAUUUUCCAUCCCGCCAUACGGAAAAGAUGGCGGCAGGACCAAAAUGUCAUACUGUCCCCAAACGUACGGUCCUACCAGAUCUUCUGCCGUCUGCAACAUCUUCUCUGUCUGACAAACAACAGCCGUGCAGUGAACACCCACACGCCCGAAGCUCUCGUGACAAAAAUAGCAUCCUCACAGGAAGUGGUCAAAAACCUUCAGUAGGACAGAACAUGUUGACAGUCGCACACAGAAAGGAUCAAAACCUGAGCUGAUGCUGACAAAAAAUAUCUCCAGAAAUAUUUUAGAUGAUCAUUUCACUAAAAUAUUCAAUAUUUAAAAAAUUAAAACAAAAAUAAAUUCAUCAUAAUUCUGAUCAAAUAUGCUGACAGAAAGUCUCUAUCAAAAAUGAUUGUGCCAAUAAGUAUUUUUUUAUGUCAUUCUAAAAUAUGCUGAUAAAAAAUAUCAAUCAAAAAUGACCAUUUCACACACAAAAAUAUGUGGAUAAGAAAUACAAUUCUAGUCCAAAACUUUCCCAAAAACAUCCAGGCAUGGGGCUUUUCUCCGGGUACUCCCCCCCCCCCAUCCCAAAAACAUGUUAGCUUCAUUGGCCACUCCAAAUUGUCCAAAUUGAAUGUGUGUGUGUGUGGGGGGGGGGUUGUUUGUCUUUAUGUGCCCUGGGAUUGGCUGGCCACCAGUCCAGGGUGCUGCAGACGCAAAUGUGUGCCUGUGUGCACGUGUGUGUGUGCACGUGUGUGUGUGCACGUGUGUGUGUGCGCGCGUGUGUGUGCGCACGUGUGUGUGCGCACGUGUGUGCGCGCGUGUGCGUGCGCGCGUGUGCGUGCGACAGUGAAGGACCCACCUCAGAGAAUUCGUGUGCCGCUCGGUCCACAAACUCCUUCUCAGACCAGACGGCGGUCCUGGGUCCAAUCUUCCUGAAAGACAGAAGAGGUCAAAAGUGGGCGGCAGGCGACCCCCGUGACCUCUCGGGCCUCCAAGGUACCUGCUCUCCAGGCAUCCAACCACCAGGGCCAUCAGGUAAGACGGCAUGGGCACCUAAAGGCCAAAGGUCAAACUAUCACCCGGACGCGGAUGAAGAGGAGGGAAUGAGGAGGACUGACCGGCUGUCGAAAGCGGUAAAUGGUACGAUGGCUGUCCUGAGGGUCCACUUCCUGUCCGUCCCUCAGGGCACUCAUUGCCGCCACCAGCUCUUUCGGGACAGACACCUGGACAGGUAACAGCGUCACCCCCUCUGUCCCCCCCUCCCUCUGCGUGUGCGUGUUACCUGAGCAUGGUAGGUGUGUUUGAUGGACGGGCUGUCCUGGCAAGGCAUCAUACUCCUGCAGUGAUGGGCCUGAAACACAACACGUGACUUCUUCUUCUUCUUCUUCAUGGCAGGAAAAGCCCAGAAGGGGAAGGAAGUGAUGCAACACACCUGGCACUGACUAAACAGGUAUGGAUGCUUCUUGCCCGCCGUCUGCUCAGGUGAGAGCCACUGUAGGGCGGGCGCACCGGGGGACGUCUCGUAGGCCACGCUCACAAUCACAUGCUGCCCUCUGAUUGGACCAGAAGCACAGCACACGCGGUGAGGAGGACUCGCCACCAUGUGGAACGUGACAGGGGCUGGGGUCACCUUGAGAGGUCAAAGGGCAGCGUGAUGUCCAGGGGCGUGCCCUUGAAGGCGUGUUUGGGGCCCAUGGUAAAGCAGGCCGCCUGCCCGUUAGCGCUCACCGACACCACCUUCAGGUCUCUGGUGUCCAACGUCUACAAGGCACGAAACCAGCAGGUGACAUCAAGGAAGACCUUCACAGGUGCUAUUGUGUUGGCAUGUCGAAUAAAGUUGAUUUUGAAGAAGAGGCCGUCAUACUGCAAGUAGCAACAAGUAAUAGCAACAAGCUUCUCUCAGUUUUAUUCCAUUACUGGUAACGGCGGCGGAUGGAAUGGUUAUUAGAUCACUCGUUACUGGGAAAGCACUGCUGAUAAGUCAGUCAAAGUUCAGGAGCGUCAAUUGCCUUCUUCCUUCUGCGUGACCUCCUUGUCACGUUGCUAAGAAGAAGAAGAAGAAGAGGAAGAAGAAGAAGAAGAAAAAGCAUGGACAUCGCACUGACUGUCUAAUGCUAGCUUCCUCAUCUUUACGAACGAGCCCGUUAGCUUGCAGGCUAACGUCAGGGUGUAACAUUACCAGUGUGGAGAACCGGUCCUCCAGAACCUCCACGGUGAUCUCCACGCUGCCUCGGAUCACGUGGUUCUCGAAGUCCACGUGGAGAUUUAAGUUGAGAUGUUUGCUGACGCACUUGGCGGCGGACGCGAAGGAGGUCGGGUCUGCUGACAUGAUGCUGGUUUGACCGGCUUCCACACGGAGAUUGAACGCACCGCAAGCAAGCCGGCGGUACUUAUACACCGGAAUAAGCUUCACUCACAUCCGCCAGCCACCUUUUCAAUAUAAAAGCUCCAUCAUGAAGAGGAUGAUGAAAGCGUUGUGUCCAUGAUGAUAAGUUCAUGGCUUUCAGAAUGACAUGAUGAUGAUGAUGAUGAUGUAGUCUGUGAGUGCAGGUUACUAUUAAUAUGAUCAAUUAGUUAUUAAAGUUAUUUUCACUUUCCAUAUCGUUGUCUAGCGUCUUACAUCACCCACAACACGCUAUAAAAUCU